AUGAGCUGCGAUCCCAAUUAUGUUGAUGCUAGUUGGUCUUUCUACCGGUAUAAGCCUUCUAUUGCAGCUCCAGUAUUCUUUGUCAUCUUGUUCACUUCCACGACCGCUCUCCAUCUCCUCCAGAUGACCAAGACAAAAACUUGGUAUCUAAUUCCUUUCAGCAUUGGCGGGUUCUGUGAAAUUGUUGGAUAUAUCGGUCGAGCUAUUAACGCGAACGAGAAUGCCGGAUGUUGGACGCUCGGUCCAUACGUUAUACAAACCUUGCUCCUCCUUAUCGCGCCAGCCUUCAUGGCAGCCUCGAUCUACAUGAUUUUAGGCCGUAUCAUCCUCUUGACGGACGGAGAGAUUCACGCAAUGUUAAAGCGACGUUGGCUCACAAAGACUUUCGUAUUUGGUGAUGUGUUGUCUCUGUUCCUUCAAGCUGCUGGCGGCAGUCUUUUGGGCGGUGCCGACGAACACAACAGCCUGAUGAAGACUGGCGAACAUGUCAUCAUCGCUGGUCUGUUUGUACAGCUAUUCUUCUUUGGCAUGUUUAUAGUCGUCGCUGGCCUCUUCCACCGCCGCAUGUUACUCGCGCCUACUGCUACCAGCCACAACCCCCUGAUCCGAUGGCAGAAGUAUCUUGUUACUCUCUACAUCGUUAGCGUGUUGAUCUGGGUUCGGAGUGUUUUCAGGGUCAUCGAAUACCUCCAGGGAAAUGCUGGUUCUAUCAUGAGGCACGAAGCCUACGUCUUCAUCUUUGACGCCACAUUAAUGUUUUUGGUUAUGGCGUGGAUGAACUGGUUUCACCCCAGCGAGAUUGGUCUUUUGCUGCGACACGAGGAACCCAUCUCCAACGGCCACCUCAAGCGCCAUCUCCAUGGAUUUCGUGGAUUCGAGAAUCGAGCCGCCCUAUCUGCCCUAGAGAAACACCUCCUAGGCCUUUCUCUAGUUAAUCUGCUGGAGGAAAACGUUGUCUUCCUGAUCCUAAUAGGCCUCCAUUGCCGGAAGUUCCGCUGCACAACGGCUUCAAAUGUGGGGAUUGCUUAUAUAUUACUACAUCACUUGCCUGGAUCAAGAAAAUAA